AUGCCGCACAGACGCCGCGGCGGCGGGCCCCCAGGCAACACACCCCCCGCGCGGACAGUAGACAGUCGCGGAGCCGCACCCGGCGGGGCCGGCGGCGGCGGCGGAGGCGGGGGAAAGGCGGAGGAGGAGCGCGUGCUGAUCAGCGAAAUAGUGAUUCGCGACAAGGACGGCGGCGAGCUGGAGGACGAGGAGCUGCUGAAGGUGGUGGCGGGCGCGCUCAAGGUGUCCAAGGCGAACGCCGCGCUGACGACGCGCGAGGUGCAGGAGGACGUGCAUCGUAUCAUCGACACGGGGUACUUCGCUAGCUGCCUUCCGACUGCGGAGGACACACGUGACGGCGUGCGGCUUAUCUUCCGGGUGCGUCCACGUGUGGGGGAGAAAGGGGGGGAGGGUGGGGUCUGGGUGGAGGCGAAUCAGGAGAUGAAGGGGCUGAUGUGCGUGGGAGCCAAUGUGCUGCCGACACGUGUCAUUGAGGAUGCCUUCCGGGACGAGUACGGCAAGGUGGUGAACAUUCAGCGCCUCAACGGCGUGCUGGAUGUGCUCAACGGCUGGUACAGCGACCGCGGCCUCUUCGGCCAGGUAACGGACGUGGAGCUGCUGUCGGAUGGGGUGGUGCGGGUGAAGGUGGCGGAGGCGGAGGUGAACAACAUCACCAUCAAGUUCCGCGACCGCAAGACAGGCGAGCCGACGACAGGCAAGACGCGGCCAGAGACCAUCUUGCGGCAACUCAUGACCAAGAAAGGGCAGGUGGGUGCGUGGGAGGAGAGAAGGGGCAGGUGUACAGCAGGGGCGGCGGGACGUGGAGACGGUGUUCACGAUGGGCAUCAUGGAGGAGAGCUGAGUGAUGCCCCCCAUGCCUCGACCCCCUAUGCGGCCGUGCUUCCCCCCCUCCUACACACAGGUGUACUCGCUACAGCAGGGGCGGCGGGACGUGGAGACGGUGUUCACGAUGGGCAUCAUGGAGGACGUCAAUUUGAUCCCACACCCUGCCCCUGGAGACGGUCGUGCCUGGGCCCCAUUUGCUUCCAUCGCCCUCCCCCUCACCCGAUCGCCCUUCUCAGGGCACGGGUGGGCCAGCUUCGAUGCACGUCCCAAGCCCCACCCUAA